UACCGCACGCAACAACGUACAGCACAUUUUUGUUAUUCGUUAUCAGUUCGAGGAGGCACUGGACGAGUACAUUCCGGUGUUGAUGGCAGAAGCUAAGAUAUAUUGGGAUAUGGAGGAUUACCAGAUGGUGGAGCAUCUGUUCAGGCAGAGUGCG